AUGUCUGACUCUGAGGGAGAUAUUGACGAUGAGCUCCUUGAACUUGCUGGAGCGACCGAGCGCAAGCGCAAGAAACGCCAGGCUGAGGGCUCGAAGUCCUCAAAGCGCCGUAAAGCGAGUUCGGAUGACGAAGACUCUGAUGCAGAACAACCAGAAAGUGAGGAAGAGGAUGCUGAGGCAAAUCCGUACCCGCUGGAAGGGAAGUAUGUGGACGAAUUAGACAGACAACGAUUACUGGAGCUUCCUGAGAUUGAGCGUGAGGACAUCCUUGCCGAGCGCCAGGAAGAAAUGCAGCGAAUACAGGAUAAGCGCAAUCUAGACCAGAUGCUGAAGGCACAAAGUGGCCGGGGCGAUGAUACCGUUUCCAAAGCUGCAAAACGGCAACAUGCCCAACGAGGCGCUACAAAAGAGAAGACGCGCAAGUUGGAUGAAUUGAAGGCGAAGAGGAGGGCAAAAGACGAGAAGAAGCGUACGAGAGGCAGCUCGCCGAAGCGGGAGAUGUCCUCUUCACCUGUAGACAUGGAGAUGUCAGACGAAGAAGAGGAAGAUGGACAGAUUUCAAAGUAUGAGGAACAAGAGGAGAAGGAGCGAAAAUUGUACGACAGAUACGACAAACCGAAGACGGACAAGGACCCUGAGGAACCUGCGACUCUCGAAGCUUUAGAGCGAUGUCGGGUAUCUCGAGAUAUGAUUGCCCGGUAUUGCAUGGCGCCUUGGUUUGAAGAGUUCCUCAAAGGCGCAUGGGUCCGAUUCCUCAUUGGCAAUGAAGAGGAUGGCCAGGCUGUAUAUCGCAUUUGUGAGGUCACCGGCAUUGGCCAGGCACCCAGGCCUUACAAACUGAACGACAAACUGUACAACAAGGACUUUCACCUCAAGCAUGGGCAGUCGUUAAAGAACUUCUUGAUGGAUAAGGUAUCCAACUCGCCUUUCAUAUCGAAAGAGUUUGACCGUUUGACGAGGACAUGCGAGCUGGAGCGGGUCAAACUCCCUUCGAGGCUCCAGCUCGAGAAGAAAGCUGCACAGUUGGAGAAGUUCAUCAAAACGCCCAUGACAGAGAGUGAUAUCGCUGCGAUGCUCCUGGCACGCAAGAACAUGAUGGGUUCCCUGUCAAAGACGCAACAAACAUCCACAUCAAUCACGAUGGAGCGUUCACGGCUGGUGUCGCAACGCACGCUUGCCACGCGGCGGCAAGACUGGGCAGAGGUCAAGUUGAUAGACGAGAAGUUGGCAGAGCUCGCCGCCACGGCGCCUGUCCGGGUGUCUAACGAGACACGCCAGGACAUUUUAGCGAAGGUCAACGAACGCAACCGCAAGGCGAAUCUCGAGGCCGUCCGCAAGGCGGAGACGGCCGAAGCCGAACGAAAACGACGCGAACGCAAGCUUCUUGCCGCGGGCGGCGGCACGCCGCGCUCGUCAACGCCUGCGGACCCCGCGGCACGGCUCAAGGCGAAUCUGCUCAGUUCAAGACCUGGAACACCCGGCACGCCCUUCCUGCAAGCAGACACCUCGACGCCGCGGUCGAUAUCACCAUUACCUCCGGACGGGUCACCCAAGGCGCCCGAGGCCGCGGGCAGUUUCGAGGCGUCGAUCAUGCAGUCCGUGGAGAUCGACCUAGGCGACUUCUAG